AUGAUGACAAAUAACCUUCAAAUUACACGUUUGAUGAUGAAUCCAAGAUCCUCUACGAUUUAUAGAAUACCUUACGAUGGUGAUAACAUACAUAGACAGAAAUACACUGGAAAAAGAGACAAACGUUGUUCUAUAAAGUGGCUGAUAGCUAUUUUGAUCGCCGUUAUAGUUGGUUUGGUAGUUGUGUGCAUCGUCCUGGCAAUUAUACUUGCAACUAAAUCGAAAUUGACCGUCGAACCUUCACCUGGAACGACUGAAUCUCCGAUGAAACCUCAGUCUCAGUCGUUUAUUACAAGAUGCAAGCCAGAAACGCCGUUGGGAACAGAACAAAGAAAAAUCCAACAUAAAAAACUGAUGUUACCGUCGGCUCCCGAAAGAGUUGGCGAUCAUAUUCUAUUGAAAAACACUUAUAUGGUCGAAUAUUUGUCUGACAUCGAUGUUGAAAAACAUUUUCGAAUGAUUACCCAUUCUCUAAGAUCAUCCAAUCAAAUUUCUCAAUCAGAAAUUCAAAUUCAAACAGUCAUUCGCUCGUCUUUAUUUAACGGUGCUUCAUUUUCGGUAACUACAAACGAUCCAAUCGAAGCGUUAAAAUUGAUCGAAGAUGCGAUUGAUAUACAGCCGGUGUAUUUGAUUCCUGCUCCACAUACGUUUGACAAAGCUGUAUAUUCGGAUAUAUCAAUUGACACGCAGAAUUAUUUGAUUAAUGCUUUCGAUUUGACAGGUGUUGACAAAAUUCAUAAAAAUUUCAAAAAUUUCGGAGAAGGCGUCAGAGUCGCUGUCAUUGAUACCGGUGUGGAUUACUCUCAUCCAGCUCUUGGAGGCUGUUUUGGACUGGGUUGCAAAGUUGCAUUCGGUUAUGAUCUAGUUGGGGACUUAUUCACCGGAGCUAAUCAGAUAAUAGUACCUGAUGAUAAUCCUAUGGAUGAUUGUAGUACAGAAUCGCAUGGGACUCACGUUGCUGGUAUUAUUGCUGCAAAUACCACUGGAAUUAAUGAUACAUUCUUCAAUCCUUCCGUGCCAUUCAGCGGAGUUGCUCCUAAUGUCGUGAUCGGUGCAUACCGGAUAUUUGGAUGUGCUGUUGGUUCAACGAGUUCGGAUGUGCUUGCUGCCGCAGUGUACCGUGCAUAUGAUGACAAAGCUGAUAUAAUAAAUCUAUCCAUCGUUGGGCCCAGUUCGUAUGAAGAAACAAUUCAAAUGACAGCUGUUCAACGUGUAUCCAAUAUGGGAGUGUAUGUUUCCAUUGCUAUGGGAAACUCUGGAACUGGCGGCUUGCAAACCGGUGGUGAACCUGCUAUUUCCUCAGAAGGGUUAGCUAUUGGUUCGGUGGAUAAUACGUACACAUUAAAACAUGUAAUCAUUGCCCCUGACGGUAAUAAAAUUUUGGCUAUAGCUGGACAAGCAUUUGGCCCUUGGAUAACGAAUUUCAGCGCCACAAUUGAUGUCUACAAUCGCGAUGGCGGUUGUUCUCCUAUAAACAAGGCACUUACUGGUAUGGUGAUAUUGUUCGCUGUCACUGGUAGAGAUAUAUGCAAUUCUUAUACCCGAUGCAAUAACGCGGCAAAUGUUGGAGCAGUAGGAUGUCUCUUCUACAAUAUCAGUGCUAUUGGCGGUUUCAAUAAGAUUCCUAAUGGAGCUAUUAGUCUUCAAAAUGGUCUGCGUAUAGUUUCUACGGUCAAUGCCAAUUCGUCUGCUAUUUACACAUUUACUAAUCUACUUGAUCUGACGCCCAUGGAAACUGCUGUGACACCUAGUUCGUUUUCAUCAUUUGGACUCACUGGUGAUCUGUUAUUCAAACCUCAACUUAGCGGCAUUGGUGGUGAUGUUUACUCGACAAUAUCGGCUGCUAUCGCUCGACAAAGGAAAUAUCCUACGCCAUAUAUAAUCAAGAGUGGCACAAGUAUGGCAGCUCCUUAUGUCGCCGGUGUUCUUGCUCUAUUUCUGGCACAUAUUGGUAAUCCUGCUCCAUAUACAAUAAAUGGUUAUGCCGAGAGUGGAAUAUGCCGUCCUAAAAUGUCUCUAAUCAAAAAUAUCAUGCAAUCCAGUGCUAAAAUAGUAAAAAUCCGUGAUUCACCUCUCGCUGCUACAGCGGCUGUGCAAGGAGCUGGGUUAAUAAAUGCUUUCCAAGCUCUGACUGCUACUACGAUCUUUUCACCGAGUGAACUUGCAUUGAAUGAUACAGUGCGAAUAGCCUCGUCACAUAGAGUCAAUGUUACAAAUAUAGGUAACAAAAGUGCGGUGUACCGGAUGAGUCAUGACGGAGCGGCUUUGGCAACAGGCGCGCGCAAAGGUGAUGAUCAACUUUUGCCUACACCGCUAUUUUCAGCUCAUUAUGCUGACGUCGACAUUGAACCAAUUGAGUUUGCACUUCAAUCUGGCGCAUCACGUGAAAUUACUCUUCGAUUUCGAGCUCCUGCUGGCACAGAUGCAACCCUACUUCCAAUCUAUUCAGGUUUUAUUCUUGCUACAAAUCUGGUAAACGGAGAAGUUGCUCAUCUGACAUAUGCUGGUGUUGUUGGUAAUUACGGUAAUGCAAGAAUCAUUGUGCGAAAUGCGCCAUCCGGUAUCAUCACUGGAAUUCAAGAUGCAAGAGGCCAGUACAUGACGAAUACUGGAAUAUCAAAUUUGAAUGCAACUGAAGGACUCGCAAUCGCUAUAGUUUUAGCAUGGCCGACGCGUAUUCUCGUCACGAAUGUUAUUCCAUCUGAAGACAACGUUCAAUUCGAUCCGGAACUAGGUUGCGGUAUACUGAAUGUCGCUGUAAAUCAGCCAAGAAAUGUUGCCAAUAUUGGAGUUUAUAGCUAUACACAAUUAGUAAGGUUGUCAUGGAAUGGUUUAGUUCAAAAGCCGAAUCCAGCUAAUAAUUUUACUGGAGAAAUACAACGUCUUGAUCCGGGUCGAUAUCGAGUUCAAUUUGCAGCUUUAAAACAUUUUGGCAAUUCGAAAAAUUUUAGCGAUUACGACAUAUAUCGUACAUCCCCAUUCAAUUUAGUAUUUUAA